CAAAUAGCUGCAGCAAUUGGCGGACAUUCAGUUGAGGAGCAUUUAAUCUGAGUACAGCGAGCAGCAGCAGAAAGUUAGCUCAGCGGCUAAAAGGAGGGAAGAAAGAGUCCGCUUUGGAUAACGAAAUUAACGAAUAAUAAGGUAAGAGAGUGUAUGUUUCACUGUGAGACAGUCACCAUGAAAUGCCCUCGCUACGAGGCUACCAAGGCCAACAACAUGGAGAAAAGCUCUGCUGCUGCUGCAGAGUCCAGGCUGCUUCACCUGAAAGCUUCCCCAUUGAAAGAGCCCAUCCCCAUUAAACCUCAGUGUCCACCUGCUGGAGCGACCACAGUGUUGUUCCCCCUUAACAACAACACCACAGCAGCCCACGAUAAGGAAAACAGCACCAGCGGGGAGCACGACAGGACUCUGAAAGAAGGGUUUGAGGACAGCGGCUAUCUGUCUUUGCACAAUAGUCAGAUUGAUGAUCAUCACGUGGAUGACGAGGAUGACCACAUCCAGGGAAAAAACAUAGCAAACCCACAGCCCUCUGCUCCUGCCACACAUCAAGAAAAGACUAUAUCACCAAAGAAGUCUCCCUCUAAAUGUCAAGGGAGGAUAAACUCUUGUAAUCCAGUGUGUGUGGUGGCGGCUUCCACUCCUGUGGAUCAUCAUAAGAGGAGAACAGCAGCAUAUUCGCUGUCAUCCACCCCGUCCGACCAUCACAGCGACCCCAACCUGCCUAUUCUGAAGUUCCAGCGGGCUGUGUGUGAGGAGCUUGCCAAGGGCUAUCGAAAAAAUAAAAGGUAUGACUGGAGCAUCGUCUCAAAGGUAGCAGAGGAUCAUCUUUUGGAUCGGGUGAUCGGAGGUCAGAUGGGCCGGGACUACGUCGACAUGUUUUCAUGUCUUCUGUCCAGGAACAUGAGAAGCAUCCUGACCAACAUCCUGGCCCUGCUGGGAGACAUGGACCUCAUUAGCUGUAAGAAAGUGAGCCGGACGUGGAGAAAGAUCAUCUGUGAGGAUACAGCAGCUCUGAGCAGGUGUCAAAGAGCCGAGCAGGCACUCAGGGAGUCAAGGAGCUCUCUGAGACAAAGGAGUUGUGGUCUAACAAGAGACGUGGCUGUGUCCAGGGUGGUGCUGUCCUGCAUGCAGACCCUGGCCUCCUCGAGCACACCAUCAUCCCCCUCUUCCUCAUCCACACCGAGCUGCAGGGUGAACCGGCGGACGACUCCCUCUCAGAAGGGCAGCACGCCCAACUCUCAGUGUACACGCUUCAGUGAAUACUUACAGGCUGCCAGCAGUCUGAAGCAGCACGAGUCUCUGCGUCCGUGCAAGCGCUGCGGCUCACCAGCGACACAUUCACCAGAGGUUCAGAGGGCCACGUGCACGCGCUCCAGCUGUCUCUUCGACUUCUGCACCCAAUGCCAGGCGGCCUACCACGGCUCAACGCCUUGCAGAGUGGUUCAGCCUCGACCUCACUUCACCACCCCCAAAACGACCCCGAUCAUACCAGGCAGCGCCCGCAGCAAGAGGAACAUCAGGCGCCUGUGAUGGAGCUCCACUGAGGUUUUAUCCACUGACUGUUUUAACUGGACGGGUCAUCUCUCUCUGGACUGACUUACUUGAGCUCGGCCUGAAAUGGUUUCUGUAUGUGCAGGCGGCAUUGCAGAACUGGCUUUACGCACCUGAAUCAACUUACUGAAGCACUUGUUGUUACACUGCUGGGACAAUCUGUCUAAAACUGUUGUCGUCUGUGAGCGACAAACAGAUCUUAAGCCAAAAGAAAGAAACGCAGACUGAUACACAAAUUGUACAAUUUUAUUCUUUUUUAAAAUGAAUUGAAUGUAAAUAUAUAUAG